GAUAGACCACUAAAAAACAUCAAAAAUUUUGGUAGCCAUCAAAGCAUUUGGAUAUCAAAAUUUGGUAGUAAUAAACAGCCCUCACAAUCGGCACUUCGUGCCUCAGCCUCGGGCGAUGAAAGCAAUCAAAGGGCCAAAGAAAGCCAAAAACCUCAUCAAAAGGAAGCAAAUAUCAAGCCAAUUAGGAACCAAAAUGGGUGCCCAAAAAUAA